GUUUCUUUCGAAAUUACAGCCUUCGCCACAAAACAAUCACUCCCACACUCUCUCUAUCGUUUCUCUCCGUCUCAAACCAAUCAAUUCCAAUAAUUCCAUAAAAGAUUUUCACACAAAACCCUUUCUUUCUCAGCUGAUUCCGCAUUAUUCAACCAAGUUCCUUAAUCAAUUGCUCUAUUUUCUCUCUCUACAAUCGUCGUCGUCGUCAUCAUCAUCAUCAUCAUCUUCUUCUUCGUCUUCGUCUUCGUCUUCGUCUACACAUGGCAAUGGCUAGCAGUGGUAAUGGUGGAGGUGGAGAAGACGAAGUGAAGCAGUUGGAAGCUGAGCUGAGCAAAACCCUAAAACAAGGAGAGAGAAUUCUCGCCCCCACUCGAAGGCCAGACGGAACCCUCAGAAAACCCAUUCGAAUUAGGGCUGGUUAUGUUCCUCAGGACGAAGUCGCCAUUUACCAAUCCAAGGGAGCUCUGUGGAAGAAGGAGAUGCAAUCGUUGCAGGACGUGCCGCCGGGUUACGAUCAGGUUUUGGAUUCAAAACCUAAGACCAAAUCUGCUAAGAGGAACGAAAGGAAGAAGGAGAAGCGGCUACAGGUUACUCUUUCUCUUGAUUUUGCUGCUCUUGAUAAGGGUAAGAACUCGGAUAGGAAUGAAACGUCGGAUGAAGAUGCAAGUCAGGGAUUGGAAUCUGUUGAGCCAAUGGUAUCACAGUUGAAUGACCUUGCUAUAUCUGCAAAUUCUGCUGUGGUUGCACCUCCCUCAAACUCAACACAAUGUUCAACUCCUUCAGAUCCUGUUCCAGAUGUUGAUAAAAAGAUUAGAGCACUAAAAAAGAAGUUUGUCUGGGACAGUUGUUAUUUGUUAAUGUCACACCUUGGCCCCAAAACAAGCCCUAGGCUCAUCAAAGGCUUAGGGAAAGCGCAAGACACCUUCAGUCAAGCCCACUUAAAGCUCUUAGGGACACACCUUUUAACAAGUUUCAGGCUUGGAAAGAUAAGGUUGGCAGAAGCUCAACAGCAGAAAACCGUGGAGCAAGAUAUGAAGCCAGAACAAUUGGAGAAGAUGGCUAAAUUGGAAGGUUGGCGGAAGGAGCUGAAGCUCUUGGAAGAUACGAAAGCCGAGCUAUCAUAAAAUUGAAGUUUGUUUUUAGGGUGAAGGAGCUUUGUAGUCUUUAAUUAUUGUGACUUCAUGAAGAUGUAGACACCUCAUUUUGGUAAAAGAGAGCCUCCUAAACCCUAAGAUUUUGAUUUGUCAAACCUGUCAUAUUAGAUGUAGUUUGGAAGACCAGAAAAAGAUCCAAAAGUUUGGCUUACUCAGCAGCAACUCUUUAGUGUAACACAGAACCUAUUCAAGUCCUCAUCCCAGGUGAUUGUUGCUUCAGAAUUCAAGUUUCUUUGUAGUAUAACU